AUGCAGAACUAUAGUCCUUUCUCCGGUGGACCAUGGCUGAAGAAAAAGUCCUGGAUUCAUUGGUAUAUCUAUGACGAGAAGAAGGCAAACUUUGUCUUGUUCACUUCUGGACAUGUAGCGGCAUUACAAGAGAUACUAUCCAAAGGAGACAAUAGCCUGGACACGUCGAGCAAGGCAAUAAAUGAUAAUCGCCAAGGGCCAAGGGCUUCUGCUUCUUCUGACACUACGACAUGGAACAGCACCGUCGUUCUCCUCUUGUCUCAGCUGAGUCUGAAUUCUGCCGAAGAAGCACUAACACCUCGCCUUACUCCAUCUCCGGCAUCCUCUAUCCCAAAUUUGGAUAGUUCUACGUUACUCUUUCGCACCCUGACUGCCUACCUGACGAUAUCCGCCCUAAAACCAAAUGGUCAGAAGCCGUACACUCCUCAUAACGACCCUUCGCCACUUCCUGCGACACCAAGCCUCUAUCUCUAUACAACGAGCGGACUUCAUGUAGGAACUGCAUGGGUUUCCUCUGAGGAUACGUACAACGAAAUCUUGAGAAACGAUGAACAAUAUAAUGAUCGCCCCUCUAUCGAAGUGAUUGUGCUGUUAGGCGCAGUCAGAGGAGAUUGGCGAAGCAGAAACGAGAAUUUAACAAGGAAUGAGUACAUGGACGAGCUCUUGAGAGCAGGAUUUGAUAACAAAGAUUGGAAAGAUCAGUAUGAGACUAGGAUGGAAUACGAGUCGCUGAUUGGUGAUCUUUACGAUCGUAUGAUUAAAGAGGGAACGAGUGGUGCCACGAAGGAUCUAAGUGCUCAAUUUCUACCAGAUUUCUGGGAGCUUCUUGCGACUCGAGCCAGCCUUGAGAUUGCAGAGAGCGGCAAAUUUCCAGGUCAUACCGCGGCAGACUUACAACACGCCAUUGACGCCUUGAAAGCGGGCAAAUUUCUCGGUAGUCGCUUCGCAUAUAUACGACGAAGGCGCUCGGCACAUAUAAAACGCAUGAGAGAUGGCUUAGAAGUGGAAGUGGGUGGUCAUGGAACGUUGGAGAACCUUUCUGGCCAGUUCUUGCAGAUCCUACUCAUUGGCAAACUUGGAGUUCCAGACCAUAAUGGCAGCGCUGAAGUAAAGGAAAGGAUUGGCGUUGGUGAGAUACGUGAAGAUAGACUAUCAUUCAUUGAUGGGCUUGCUCUUCGGGAUGUUUUGUUGAGAUAG